CGCGUCGCAUAUAUAACGACUCCCACCCGUCUAGGGCAUCGUCCGAACCAGCAGCAGCCGCCGCCACCAGCCCGAGCGCCCUCGUCUCCUACCAAAUCGCCCUAACACCCCAGCUCCGCCGCCGCCGCCAUGGGUAAGGUGCACGGAUCGCUGGCCCGCGCGGGGAAGGUGCGGGGGCAGACGCCCAAGGUGGCGAAACAAGAUAAAAAAAAGAAACCGCGCGGCCGUGCCCACAAGCGCAUGCAGUACAACCGCCGCUUCGUCACUGCCGUCGUCGGCUUCGGCAAGAAGCGCGGCCCCAACUCCUCCGAGAAGUAGAUCUAGACCCCCGGCCAUCUGUUUCAUACGCAUGGCUUCCUGUCCCUUUGGUAUUUUGUUCCCUAGUAGUUCCGUUAUUCCCUAGUAGUUUCGUUCGAGUAAUCAAGUUUUUGGUGCUUUACUGAUAUAAGUUAAAAGACCUAAGCAACCUUCUCUAUUGAUGGUACUGUAAUCUUGUUCAGUAUGAUUGCAUCAUUUGGUUGAGUAGAAGUACAUGACAAUCAGUGUAUCUGAUCAGGUGGUGAUCUUUUUGGUUAUCUGCAAUGUUGUAAAGAUGUCGAGUA